AUGUGAGAUUGGUGGCCCUGCUUCAGCUUAAAUGUCAAACGUGAUUCUAACCCAUUAUGCGUCAAAACAAUUUUUGAAUUGGAUUCAAUAUUUUUCUACCAAAAACGAUGGCUGAGAAAGAUUUAGAACCCUCAGAGCUCGAUAAACUCCUCGAUAAGACAGAUUUAGAGUACAUGCUGGAAUUCGAGACCCAAAUAUUCCUAGACAUCCUUCACAAAGAUGGUUUAGUGGUUGCAGCCAAGGGUCUUAACCUUGAUUUAGUUCUUUUAAACCUUUUCAAGGUAUUCAGCGAUCCGGGUAACUUAGUUAUAGUCUUAAAUGCAACCGAAGCAGAAGAAAAAUUCUUCAUUAAUAAAAUCAACGAUGGUAACAUUCAUAGCACAACCUUUAACAUCAGCACCACUAAUAGAGAAGACGCGUAUUUAUCAGGAGGUAUUCACUUCAUCACAACUAGGAUUUUGGUUGUUGAUUUGCUUAAAAACCGAGUUCCCAUUGACAAAAUCACAGGUUUUGUUAUUUUACGUGCUCACAAAGUCCUCGAAAGUUGUCAAGAGGCUUUUGCGUUGCGUUUAUACCGCCAAAAGAAUAAAACAGGUUUCAUUAAGGCAUUUUCAAACAGUGUGCAAAGUUUUACAAUGGGUUUUGGCCACGUAGAACGGAUAAUGCGAACGUUAUUUGUCAAGGAAUUGUAUAUUUGGCCUAGAUUUCAUUCGAUGGUUAUUCAAAGUUUAAAACAAUACGAACCACAAGUGAUUGAGUUACAUGUCCCAAUUUCGGAAAAUAUGAGCAAAAUGCAAACUUACAUUUUGGAUUUAAUGAAUAUUACCGUUAAGGAAUUGAAAAGAAUUAAUAAAACAGUGGAACUGCAAGAAAUUACAGUUGAAAAUUGUUUGACCAAACAAUUUCAAAAAAAUCUCCAAAUUCAAUUGGACAAUAUUUGGAAUCAGUUAAGCGAAAAAAGUAAACAACUAGUGGCUGAUUUAAAGACGUUACGUCAUUUGAUAAUUACAAUGCAUUAUGCCGAUCCUGUAACAUUUUACUCGACUUUGUCAACCUAUAGGUCAAUGGAAUAUGCCCAAACGGCCACUUGGGUACUCACUGAACCUGCAGAAUUACUCUUUUCUCAAGCAGGUUCAUUGAUUUUUACAGGAGAUAGAGAACUUAAUCCGGAAUUUUGUCCAAAAUGGAAGUCUCUACUAGAACUCCUAAAAGUCGAAAUACCUCACGAGAUCGCAAAAUCGAAAAGUGGUGAAAAUAUAAUUUUGAUACUGUGUACAGACCACAAAACUUGUUAUCAGUUAAAUCAGUUAUUGUCACACGGACCUCACAAAUAUUUGUUCCUAAAUGCUCUUGAUAAGAAAGUCACCUUUAAAAAGAUCAAUGAUUCGUUUCAACAAUGUGGAAAAAUAGAUGAGGUCCCAGAACCGGCCAAAAAGCCCAAAUUAGACGAGAGUAAUAUCGAAGAUAAACCACAAGAGGAAGAAAUAAAAAGUAGUUACGUCUUAACCAUGUCCCAAACACCCAACGACGAAUCUCAAUACAUUUUCGAACAAUGUGACGAAUUGGAAAACCUGAACAUAACCCAAAUUUGUCAGUCCGUAACCGCCCCUACUGUCCUCAUCCAAACGUUCAAAGGCACUCCUGGCACCAUCAACCUCCAACGCACCCUCCACGAAAUCAACCCCUCUUUUAUUAUAAUGUACCACAGCAACAUUACGGCAAUCCGCGAAAUUGAAAUGUAUGAAGCCCACCGGAAACGCGAUGCGCCCCUUAAAGUCUAUUUUCUGAUCCACGGUGAAACGGUCGAAGAGCAAAGCUAUUUAACGUCGCUGCGACGCGAAAAAGAAGCCUUCGAGUAUUUGAUUGAGACGAAAUCGAAAAUGGUGGUACCCGAAGACCAAGACGGAAAAUCAGACCUCUGUCUUACCCUCCAACGCGAUCUUAUAUCCCCGAGUAAAAAUACAAGGCACGGGGGGCGACCCGAGGAAGUCUCCAGGAAGUAUGUUAUAGUCGACAUGAGGGAGUUUCGGAGCGAAUUGCCGGCUCUUAUUCACAAACGAGGGGUAGAUAUCGAGCCGGUUACUAUCGCAGUAGGGGAUUAUAUUUUAACACCGGAGAUUUGUGUCGAAAGAAAGAGCCUUUCGGAUCUUGUGGGGUCGCUAAAUAGCGGUAGGUUGUAUCAACAAUGCACUCAAAUGUUUAGAUAUUAUGCAAAACCCAUGCUUUUGAUCGAGUUUGAUCAAAAUAAGCCGUUCUCGUGGCAGAACCAGUAUAUGGUCUCAAGUGACACUAAUAGUUUCGAUAUUCAGAAAAAAUUGCUCUUGCUGUCGCUACAUUUUCCGAAAUUGAAAAUUAUUUGGAGCCCUAGUCCAUAUGCUACAGCUCAGUUGUUUGAGGAAUUGAAAGAUGGUAAAGAGGAGCCUAACGUGGAAUACGCGGCCGCAAUUGGAGGCAAACAAGACCUAGACCUUGUGGAGACCAAAUACAACAGUAAUAUUUACGAUUUUGUCCAAAAACUCCCAGGGAUCAAUUCAAAGAACAUCGAUGUGUUUCUACGCCAAGUGAAAAGUAUGGACAAUGCGAUUAAAAUGAGUAAAGACGAAUUGAAAGAAGUGUUGGGUAAUCCAAGUGAUGCACACGCCUUGUAUGGAGCCCUUCACAAUGACCAAAACCCCAAGGAACUGGAAACUAAGUCUAAAGGUCAAUGGGCGAAAAAACGUUUCGCUAAAAAGAAAUAAUACUUGUCACUGUAGAUAUUAUUUUUUUUAAAUAAAUUAAUAAGCAAGCUGUAAA